UCUGGGCACAAGCUUGGAAUCACAACCUCAACAAGGUUAGAAGCUCAUAACUAGCGACAUGCAUGCAAACCAACAAGUAUUUGGAACCUAAAACCAAAGUCCAUGAAUCAAUAGAAUAAAGGCUGGUAGAAAUGUUUUACAAGCAUUACCACCAAAAUUAAAUGUUUCUUCUCCGGCGAACAUUCACGCUCACAUUCUCCGCCCAAUCCCUCCGCCGCUGCCACCACCACCGCCACCCCGUUUCUCCGGUGAACCCCGACCACCUCCUCCGCGUCUGCACCAUCCUGUACCAGCAGCAGAACUCGCCCGAGUCACGCCUCGCCUCCAAACUCGCCUCGUGCGAGUUCCAACUCACCCACGAGUUCUUCCUUCAAGUCUGCAACAAGUUCCCCUAUUCAUGGCGACCCGUUUACCGCUUCUUCCUCUACACGCGCUCCCUCCCUCACUUCAACCACACCCCUAUCUCCUUCAACAAAACGCUCCACGUUAUAGGCCAAUCCCGCAACAUCGACCUCUUCUGGGACCUUCUCAACGACAUGGCGCGUCGUCGUUUCGUCAAUCCAAAGACCUUCCUCAUCGCGUUGAGGACUCUUGGGGGCGCCAGGGAGCUUAAAAAGUGUGUGGAGUUUUUCCACUUGAUGAAUUCCAAUGGGUGUGAGUACAAUUUAGGGACUUUGAACAUGGUGGUUGAGGCAAUGUGUAAGUCCAAGCUUGUUGAUGAGGCAAAGUUUGUUGCUUUCAAGCUGAGGGAGUGUGUUAGGCUUGAUGGGGUCACUUAUAAGCACUUGGUGAAGGGUUUUUGUGAAAAGGGUGAUUUGGUUGAGGCUUCCAAGAUUUGGAACUUGAUGGAGGAUGAGGGGUUUCAGCCUCAUGUUGAGGCUGUUGAGGCAAUGAUGGAGACUUUCUUCAAGGUAAAUCAGUAUGGCGAGGCUUUGAGGCUCUUUGAGACUAUGAGGUUCAAGAGGAUGGAUGAGCUUGGGGGUUCCACUUAUGGGUUGGUGAUUAGGUGGUUGUGCAAGAAGGGGAUGAUGUCCCACGCUCGUGAGGUGUUUGAUGAAAUGCGCGAGAGGGGUGUUCGAGUUGAGAAUUCGAUUUUGGGGGAUGUUGUGUAUGGACUUUUGGUGAGGCGGAGAGUUAGAGAGGCUUACGGGGUUGUUGAGGGGAUUGCUGUGCCGGAUUUGAGCGUGUAUCAUGGGUUGAUGAAGGGGCUUCUGAGGCUGAGAAGGGCGGGUGAGGCGACUCAGGUGUUUAGGGAGAUGAUUAGGAGAGGUUGUGAACCGACUAUGCACACCUAUGUGAUGCUGCUGCAAGGGCAUUUGGGAAGGAGGGGGAGGAAGGGGCCUGAUCCGCUUGUUAAUUUUGACACUAUUUUUGUUGGGGGUAUGGUGAAGGCAGGGAGGUCGAGGGAAGCUAAUAAGUAUGUGGAGAGGGUGAUGAACAGGGGAAUGGAGGUGCCGAGGUUUGAUUACAAUAAGUUUUUGCACUACUUUUCAAAUGAGGAAGGUGUGCAUAUGUUUGAGGAGGUGGGGAAGAAGUUGAGAGAGGUGGGGUUGGUUGAUUUGGCAGACAUACUUGAGAGAUAUGGGCAGAAGAUGGCUACUAGAGAUAGAAGAAGGAAUAGAACUCCAAUAACUCAAGAUACUCAGGCUGUGUAAAUCUAUAGACUGUGACAUUAUAAAUCUUAACAAGGUUGAUUUGGUAUCUGCAGAGAGAUCUGGAGCUCUGGAGGAACUUCAGGAGGAAAUACAUAGCAUUAACUCUCUUGCAGAAAUAAUUCAUUCUGUCCGAUGUCAAGUUGACUUGUCUAAGAUAUUGAACCGCCAAGCUUAUGAUACUGCAGUAAAUUAUACCGUUGUUGUCUCUCUUUUCAGCGUGCCACACAUUUAGAUCCAUUGUUAGAAGAAAGUCGUUCUUUGUCUACCAAAAAGGUUCAUGAUAGCGGCAUGAGAACCAUAUGCAUUUGUGAGACAAA